GAGAAGUUCAGUUUGAGUGCAGGGAAGUUAUGAGAAACUCAUAGGGAAGCGUUACUUCAAUUCGCACUAUAAUUUUUGAGAGAUAUCUACAUUGGCAGCUGAGAGCGACGGAAUGUAUGAGCAUGCAAGUGAAGUUUUUUCAAAUUUGCUGAAAGAUUUGCAGGAAAUGAAGAUGUGCUCAAAUGGUGGAAAAUUUAAUGAGAUAUUAUGUUCUAAUCAUGAAGAAGAAUAUCCAACUGUAGCUGGAGUUAAAUCAAAACUACCAUUGGUCUUGGAUGACCAAAAUGAAGAACUAAAGGUGCAUUAAAGCGAUAAAAAAGUGAUAUAGUUCAAUCAAAACUAAAGGGUAAGAAAGUGAAAACUAGUUCUUCUCGGUAAGUAGCACUGAACUACAAAUACAGAAAAAUCA